AUGAAGAUCUCUGAUGUCGUCUCAGAGCUAGAGGUGGAGAUGGAGGAGCCGCAGAACCAGCGCGACAAGCGCGUCGAGGAGCUCUGGAGGAAGCUCGACCCUGCUGGACACGGGGAGCUCGACUUCAAGGGGUUGCAGAAGGGUUUGAAGCGGAUCGACCACCCUUUGAAGAACGCCGAUCAGAUGCUCAAGGGCAUUAUUAGCAUGGUCGACACGAGCGGCGACGGCAAGAUUCAGUAUGAAGAAUUCCGCGUCUUCGUCGAGGCCGCCGAGAGGCAGCUGCUCCUGCUGUUCCGGUCCAUCGACCGCGACAAGGACGGCCGGCUGAACAAGCAGGAGCUUCACGCUGCCUUCGAGCGCGCUGGACUAUCGGUUCCGAUGAGACGGCUGUCGGGCUUUUUUGACGAGAUCGACAUGAACAAUGACGGCUUCAUCACCUUUGAAGAGUGGCGUUGUUUAUUCAAGGAGUCCCGCUUCGUGAGUCCUGUCUUCAUGCUUUUGCAUGUGAUGGAUUUCCUAUUGUUUAUGCCCACCAACCACAACGGGUCUCCCUUGGAGGCUGCGCUCUCGUUCUAUUCCUCUAUUGUCACGGUCAGCUCGGAGGGCGAUUCGCUGGUCAGUGAUGAGACACUAGAGGGUCUAGGUACGGCCGGCUUCCUUCUUCAAGCUCUUUUUGGUUCGCUUCUCAAAAUCGCGAACCCGGACAUGAUCUACUCUCGGCGGCGCUCCCCGGACGCAACCCGCCUGACGACCUCUGGAUCGCCUCAAUCCCUCUUCGGCAACGACCAGAAACCGGAACUGCCCGCCGACAUGGCCGCUUCUGCUGCAGCCGUCCGCUACGGGCCCGUUGUCACCGGCCCCUCGCAAGUCCUCCCCCACGCAGCAGUCAAGCGACCUAUUCUGCAAUACGAGGGCGCGCAGCAGUCUGACGCUCAAGAAUUUUCUGAUGUUAUCGAGGAGGACGAGGCGAGCGCAGCCAUCAGACUGACAGAUCUGCUCCCUGAACCAGGAUAUUUUCUUGCCGGUGCCGUUUCGGGGGCUGUGUCGCGAACUGCUACCGCGCCACUGGAUCGUUUGAAAGUCUACCUUCUCGUUAGCACGAAGACCAGAACUGUGAAUGCGGCUAUUGCCGCUGCGAAAGACGGCCGCCCUGUUGCCUCGCUGCGGCAUGUGGGCGGGCCCAUCAUUGAGGGUAUUCUGACCCUGUGGAAGGCCGGUGGGCUGCGCACUUUCUUCGCAGGAAACGGCCUCAAUGUUGUCAAAAUUAUGCCGGAGUCUGCUAUUCGGUUUGGCUCCUACGAAGCCUCAAAGCGGUUUCUCGCAGCAUAUGAGGGUCACAAUGAUCCUACACAGAUCAGCACCGUCUCGAAGUUCGUCGCCGGUGGCGUCGGCGGCAUGACUGCGCAGUUCUGCGUGUACCCCAUCGACACCCUCAAAUUCCGACUGCAAUGUGAAACCGUUCAGGGCGGGCCUCAGGGCAAUGUUCUGCUCUUCCGUACGGCCAAGAAGAUGUGGGCAGAUGGUGGUCUCCGCGCAGCGUACCGCGGCCUUGGACUCGGACUUAUCGGCAUGUUUCCCUACAGCGCCAUCGACAUUGGUACCUUUGAGCUUCUCAAGAAGUCGUACAUUCGUGCGAUGGCGAAAUACUACGGCAUUCACGAAGAUGAUGCGCAUCUCGGCAAUGUUGCCACGGCAGUUUUAGGCGCGAGCUCGGGAGCGCUGGGCGCUACCAUCGUUUAUCCGCUUAAUGUCCUCCGUACGCGGCUGCAGACUCAGGGCACUGCCAUGCACCCGCCUACAUACACGGGCAUAGCCGAUGUGGCAACCAAGACGAUCCGCAACGAGGGCGUGCGCGGUCUCUACAAGGGCCUGACGCCCAACCUGCUCAAGGUGGCGCCGGCCCUGAGCAUCACUUGGGUGUGCUAUGAGAACAUGAAGCGUCUUCUGGGGCUGAAUUGAGGGUGACAUGGUUCCGCACAAAAGAAAGGAGUUGGGUAUGGAAGGCCGUGCCGCUUCGCCGCCCUGCCCGCGUAGGACGUCGUGCAGUACCGGUGAUGGGCUGUGGAGGACAGAGGCGAAGCUUUAGCAUCUACGUUGGCGUCAGGGUGAUUGGGAAGCGCUUGGCCCAUUGCAAAUUUUGCAUCUUUUGAAGGCCACCAUGGCCGCGGCGUUUGGUUUGGCGGCUACCGAAGAUACCAGUUAGAGGGCCAACGGGAGCCUGCAGGCACAGAGCCUUGGAUGCACUCGGUAAUUCCAAGGAGGUGAUAGCUGAGAUGACGACGAGGACAUACUACCUCGGUGACUAGUCGGAGAUGGAGACUUAGAGGUUUCCCACGGCGCCGGUGAUCAAAUCACUUAUCCGUAACCUGCCUCGUCAGCCCUCGCACUCCUCCCAUCCAUAACCGCGUCCCACUUAACCAAAAUGCCAAAUACAUAAGCUGGAAGGGUG